AUGUGGUCUCGUGUCAGCAGUAGAUGGAAGAGGGAUCCAUCCAAAUACUCUGGAUCCCUUAAACAAAUGUGGAACAACAAAAUGCAGGGAGCAAUGUUACCCACUUUUGAAAGUCAAAAUCGGGAUACAGUUGAAGAAAAAGACAAAAAAACCGAAAUUCAAGUAGGAAUAGCUAAAGGGGAUUCAGUAUAUAUCAGAAGUGGUCCAAAGAAAGGUACGAUUGCUGAAGUGAUGGCAUAUGUGCCUGACAGUGAUUGUGUGAUGUUAUCCAAUUCAACUGAAAAGAGAGUCUUACCAAAGAGUAAAUGGCCAGAAGGUAAUACUUCUCAUGUUGUUGAAUUUCCUAAAUUAACUCCAAGAUCAGAAGUUUGGUUAGCUGGGAAAGAAAAAGAUGAAAAUGGGAAAAUAAAUUAUGUUGUUGCUAAAGAAAUCGAGUUUGGUGAACAAUAUUAUGAUGAUAAAUAUAGAAAAUGGAUUCCUCGUAGAUAUAUUAAACAUCAUUCAAAUAUUGAAAUCCCAUGGCCAAAUCCUCCUAAUGCAUUUGAAGAUGGGGAAUUAUCUACUCCUGAACAUAUAGUACAUGAAAAGACUUAUGAACUUCAAACAAUUGGCAAAUCACCAUUCCCAACUGCCGCUUUGGAUCAAUUACGUAAUCCAUAUUCUCCAUUCAAACGACAAAAAGUUACUCAAUUCCAUCUUCAUAGACUUGCAGCUCCAGAGAUGCCUUUGACUAAAGAACAAAAGAUCUAUUUGGCUAAGAAACAAAAGGAUGAAAAUAAGGCUCAAAAGAGAAUCACACCAUUAUCUGAAGAGGUUAAAUUGUUUAUUGGAGAAAAGAUGGCUGCACAUAUGAAUAAGAUUGAAAGUGAACAUUUACGUAUGCAUUUGGAAGCUUUGUCUAAGGUGAAGAUUCCAGAUUUCGAAAAGACUUUGGAAGCUGCGAAGGAGGCAGAAACAAUUACGCAAGAGCAAGAGAUAGUGAAUACGACCGAGACAACAAAUCAAGUUGAAAAGUCUCAAGCUGCACCUGAAGCAUCUCAGUAA